AUGCUGAGUUUGCCAUCUCUUCCUCUGGUUGUAUCGCUAAUCGGCUAUGUGAACACGAUCCAAGUCUGCCCGGAUACGGCGUGUCCCUAUGCAGGAGCUUGGGGCGACUGGACGAUAGUUUCCACGUGUACAGCGACCUGUGGUAUGAAUGGACUUCGCGUAGAGACUCGUGAAUGUGUCUCUGAGAAGUUUGGAUGCCCUUGCAACGGAGCAGUUUCGCGGAUAGUCGCUUGCCCUGAUUCCAUGUGUCCAUCUCCAAGCCCAACUUGUGCUGACGGUUUUGCGAAGAAGCUGAACGUGACGAGCAAGGCCUACACGUGCCAAGCCAUCAACGUCACCGCGACUGUAGUGCCAAAUCCGAGUUUCACCUGCGACAUGACCGCAACAAUCGAUUGCCCGAGGGUUCCAUUGAACGGAAUCUGGUCGGCUUGGUCGAACGUUCCUGGGACGUCAUGCACGGCGACUUGUGGUAACAAAGGAACCGUGGAGGAAACUCGCACCUGCUUGACGUCAAACGUCAGGAACUGCACUGGUAUCUCCACGAGAACGGCGCGGUGUCCACCACAGCCUUGCACCACCGCACCAUUUUGUCGUCUCAAUGCCCCUAUCCUGACCUUCACGGUCAAUGGAAGGCAAACGAAUCGGUGUGGAUAUGAGAUACCUGAGCAGGAGACGCCGUGCUUCCCGGCUGGCUGCAAUGUGGUCACGACCACGACCACGACGACGCCGAGACCUACUACUCCCACCACAACGUAUCCGGACUACUACCAUGAAUGCAUCGGUGGCGGGUUUCGUGGACCAUACGCAACCCACUGCCUGAUGGAUUUCCCGUUGGAUGUUGGGCAGUCGUUCAACAUGUCGGCGAUGAUUAAUGGGAGUACCAACACGAUUGACGACAUGACCGGUUUUCCGAUAUAUUUCGCGUUCGCAUUGGCCAACGCGGAUGUUGCGGCUAAUACUAGCGAGUCCUGCAUAGAAGGUCACACGCUGAUCAAGAUUCUCUACGUGGCAGAGUCGCUUUGCGGCGUUUACUAUGCUGAAGAUGGGUACCGGAUAGUGGAUCCAGCCGGACCAGACGACGGCGAAUGUCGCCCAGGGCAGAUUCAAAUGCAAAUCACCCGCAUCGCAGCCAAUAAACUACUCAUCUCAGCAACUUACCUGGCAUACAAUAAGACCUGGACCAUGCCAAUUGACCCGAAUUUCGCCCUUCGAAGUGUCAAGGCCUCAAACGGCCGAUCGGUGAAAUAUUCAGGGUCCAACUACGAAACUAGCUAUGUCGCAAUGUGCAUGUUUACCACGAUAACAACUAUGUCCGGAGGC